AUGAUAUUUGUUUUCAGGUAUGCUACCUAUGGAAGUCUUGAUUAUCACCUUCAAGACGACAACAAGCGUCGUUGCCUUACAUGGGAGGAACGACUCAACAUUUGCUUAGGGGCAGCGAGAGGACUCGAUUAUCUUCACCAAUCUAGAAUAAUACACAGAGACGUAAAGAGUGGAAACAUAUUGAUAGCUGAUGGUAUGGAAGCAAAAGUUGGUGAUUUUGGUUUGUCAAAGUCAGGUUUUAAUAAUCGGCUACCCAGUCAAGUCCAUACAAACGUUGCAGGGACCAACGUAUAUCUGGAUCCUCUUUACAAUGAAAGCAGCAUCCUUACGAAAGAAUCUGAUGUAUACUCUUUUGGCGUUGUACUAUUUGAAAUGGUAAGUGGGGUGCUAGCAUAUCGGGCAAAGGACAUUGGAGAUGGUCAGCCAAGACCUCUGUUAAAUCUGGUCCGACGUUUCUGUGAGAAUGGAGUAGAGAAGUUAAUCGAUCCCCAUAUUAGAGAUCAAUUACAAGAAGUUCCGUAUCUUGAUCCCCAAAUAGAAGAUAAUAUUGAAAUUAGUUCGUUUUACACAUUCAUAGACAUCGCGUAUAUGUGUAUUAGCUUGGAUAUAAAGAAACGCCCGACAAUGAAGGAGAUUAUCAGAAGAUUAAAGAAAGCAUUGGAUAAUCGAAUGAAUUCUCCCCUUAUCAAGUGUGUUAUGGGUGAUACUCGAUUCAGUUAUGGCAAACCUGUUAUGGCAUUCACCAUAUACAACGAUCUUGUCCACUUCCAUUCUUUUGGUCAUGAUUUGUUUGAUCGGCUUAUUCAGAUUCUCUAUGUAGCAGUCAAGACGAAACAUACUAUAGAGUAUAUGGUGUAUUUGUCAGCAAAUGUCUUGGUAUUGAACUUCUUAAACAAUUUAGAUUACAGAUCCAAACUUGAAUGGUAUAAUGGGGUGGAACUAAUGGAAUAUGUAGUUAAGUUGUAUGGCAUCAUAAGUGACCGCUUGAAGAACGAGGUUGGAUCACUGUUGGACUUGCAUAUUCUGGCAAUAAUGGCAUCGAAAGAUUCUGAUGACCUUAGCACUUGGUUAACUGAUCAUCUCAACCAACUCGAAGAAAAUUUUUACACUGAUUUUGUUGGAAAUUAA